UCCAACGCCCGCCAUCGGCCCCAUCCUCAUCCUCUUUUUCCCCAAAUCAAUUUCGCCCUACUUUCCAUACCCGUCUCAAUUUCACCAAUUUCAUCCCUUGACGCUUUCAAACACAAAGCCUACAUCAAUUUCAUCCGUGUAAUCGACAUCUCCGCUCAAUUUCGCCGGGGUUUCAAGAUUCCGGCAAGGAUUAAAUAGGUUUUGUUCAGAAGAGAUAAUGGUCGCCCCAGAAGACGAUGAUAAUUCGAAUUGUUUCUUCGAUUUCAGCUUGAUUGAACAGAUUCCAGUCCCCGGAGGCGAACUUCCAUCUCUCGAAUCGGAUUUUCACUGGUCGUCUAAUCCGUUUCCCGGUCCGUCCAAUCUCAGUGCAGGGUUUUUAGACUCAUCUGGAAAACCAAAUUGUAGCAAGGAACUUGGGUCAAGAAAAAGGGCGAAUCCUGGAUUAUGUUCUUCUACUGAUACAAAAGCAUGCAGAGAAAAAAGGAGGAGAGAUAAGCUGAAUGAAAGGUUCCAAGAGCUAAAUGAAAUACUUGACCCCGGAAGACCACCCAAGACGGAUAAAACCGUAAUUUUGGGUGAUGCCAUUCGAAGGGUGAAUCAAUUGAGAGAUGAAGCAUUGAAGCUUAAAGAGUCUGCUCAAGAAUUACAGUCAAAAAUCAAUGAAUUAAAGGCUGAGAAGAAUGAGCUAAGAGAUGAGAAGCAGAAACUGAAGGCAGAAAAGGAGAGAUUAGAACAGCAAGUGAAGGCUUUUGGUAGAUCUCCGGCACAGGCGGCGGCGGCGGCGGCUUUCUUCCCACCACCGCCACAUGCCGCCAUGCCAAUACCUUUUCCGGCGAACCACAUGGUGGAUGGCAAGUUUAUGCCGAUCCUGGGAUACCAUGGAGUUCCAAUGUGGCCAUUUGCUCCUACUGCUGCUGUUGAUACCUCGGAGGAUCAUGUUCACCGUUCACCUCUUGCUUAAGACAA